AGUCCCAUUCCCAACAUGAAGGAGGCCAAUUUGGAGGAUCAGUAUGAGCGUUUUCCGGAGAUCAGGCGAUCGGAAGUGGUAAAGUUUUUGGACUGGAUCCACGCCCAGCCGCACAUCUCGGAUAGGUUUUCGGAGGGCGAAGCCUUGCACUUCUUCCACGCCUGCCGCAACAGCAUGGAGGUGGCCAAGCAGGUCCUCGAUACCAAUCUCACGGCCCGCACCCACCUGGAGGAGUUCUUCGUGAACCUCGACUGCGAGCGCCCUGAGAUCAGGCGAGCUAUGCGAACUGUUUCCAUUGUCCCUCUGCCAGGGGCCACACCCGAAGGAUAUCGUGUGAUUCUCGCUAAGCUCGAUGACUUGAAUACCUCCAACUAUAACUUUGCAGAUGUUAUGAAACUAUAUUGCAUGGUAUUUGACUUUUGGAUGUAUGAGGAUGGAAUUCAGCCAGGACACGUCAUUGUUAUCGAUCUGAAAAACACAUCUUUGGGACAUGUAGCUCGAAUUGGCCUUUUGCAAAUGAAAAAGUUUCUAUUUUAUCUGCAGGAAGCAGCUGCCAUCAGGCUUAUAGGCUUUCACUUUAUUAACAUUGUACCUUUCAUGGACAAGAUUCUGGCGCUAAUGACUCCUUUUAUGAAAAAGGAACUGACCACUGUACUACAUAUGCACAGUGACUUGAAGGAAUUCUAUAAGUUUGUGCCGAAGAAAAUGCUCCCUAAGGAAUACGGCGGUGAAGUUGAAGAGACCAACUUGGCCAAAGAAAUUUACUACAAAAAGUUGCUGGACAAUCAAAAGGAAAUGCUUGAAUUUGAGACUCGCCAUCAGGUGAACGAAAAACUGCGACCCGGCAAAGCCAAAUCUGCUUCGGAUCUUUUUGGUAUUGAGGGAAACUUCAAGAAAUUGGACAUUGAUUGAGCAAUUG